AUGGAGGUAGAAGGUACGGCCACGGUGCCGGAGGUGGUUGCUGACGGCAACUCGUUCCUUCUCGGCCAGCACGAUGACUACGUGACCCAGGUUGCGGUCAUCCCCACCAUUAGCGAUUCCGAACCCUCUGCUUUUGAUGUGCUCUCGGCCGGCAUCGACGGCAUCCUUCGAUGCCACUCCGUCGUUUUGCAGGAAGGGAGCGCUACGACGACGCAGACAUGGGAGGUGCUGAAAGAGAACUUCCCGCUGCAGGCGAUGGCAACCGCGUCCAACUUUGGCCACUCGCUGGUGGCUGUGGGCGGCAUGGGCCACAAGAUCCACCUCCUCAUUCGAGAUCGGGCCAAGUGGGUGCCGCUUCUCGUGUUGGCCACGCGCAAGCCAGUCUCGGCCCUGCUCAUCCACUCCGACUCCGCCCAGAAGAAGAGGGAGAGCGGUCACGGAGUACACUGGGGCGUCAGCGUCUUUGCAGCUUCGCAGGACAAGGAGGUCCACCGAUUUACAGUGAGUACGUGUCCCCUUGGCUUGCUGGCCGCGGUAGAACGCACUUAUGGUCUAAACCUCCCGCGCCUGCCUCUAGUGCUGAGCAGAGACGAAAAGGAGGGUAGCGAGUGGGUUGUGACCGUCACGGGCUCGGUCUCGAUAACUGGGCACACGGACCAUGUGCGAUCCGUCGCCAUGGCGCCAGUGACUGAGGGAGGCGAGCACUACCUCGGCUCGGCCUCUGAUGACGGCCUGGUCAAGCGCAGCAACUCAGCCUCAGUCUUUGCGCAGGUCUGGAAGAUGUCGACCCUCACAGAGCAGCAUGUGUGCGAAGGCCACCUGGACGAUGUCCUCUCCCUCUCCAUGGACUUCUACACCCCUCAGAAGCCGAUUAUCGUGAGCGGCGGCAAGGACCGAACGCUUCGUAUUUGGGGCGAGGGAACGAGCCGAGCCGCCACGCCCAUUGCCUGCUUGGCCACGCUUCGUCUGCCCGCCGUCGCUCGCUGUAUAGUGACGACGAAGCCACAGGAGGGCGAGACCUACGGCGAUGUGAUCGUGGGCUGCGGCGACGGUCAGGUGCGACAGUGGCGAUACGUCAAAGAGCGGCGGCAGGAAGAACAGCACCACACGGUCGCGAUCGAGGCGCCCAAGGCCACCAAGCAGCGGAAGGGCGCCAAGAGGGGCAAGCGGCGACAGAGUGGCAACGCGAUGGACGUGGAGGAGCCCGCCGCCACCACGACCACAACCACCAUCAGGGAGUGGGUCGAGGCCAAGUGGGUGCUGGUCAAGAGCGUCCACGUGCAUCGCGAGUCCAUCGCCUCCAUCGCGCUGGUGGACGCGCAUCUCGAAGAGCAGCAGCAAGCCCAGCUGCAGCCGACAUCGCUCAUCGUCAUCACCGGAGCCAAUGAAGGCAGCGUCCAACUCACCCGCCUGUGA